AUGGGGAACGUGCAGUCGGAGCCAUCCACAGGUGGGGGCUCCCGAAAAGAGCAGGCCUCGGACCGCACCGCCGCCGCCGACUCCCGCCGGACGUCCCUGGCAGAACCCGAGGGGUCCCCCCCCUCCCCAGCCAUGCGCCUGGCUCGAGGCCUGGGCGUGUGGUUCCCGGGCAGCUCCGCACCCCCGGGCCUCUUGGUGCCCCCGGAGCCGCAGGUCUCGCCCCUGACCUCCCCAGUGACGCCCCAUUCAGAGGAGGCGGCGGCGGCAGCAGCAGCCGCCGCGGUGUCCACACCACCGCCGCCGCCGCCCCCGGUGGGCACCCUGCUGCCCGCGUCGUCUAAGUGGCGGAAACCCACGGGCACCCCGGUGGGCACCCGGAUCCGAGGCCUGCUGGAGACGAGCCAUCGCGGCCAGGGCGACCCCCCGAGCCUCCGCGCGCGGCCACCGACACCCCGGCCGCCCACCCGCGAGGACCCCCAGCUCGUCGCGAGGGUCUCGGCCCCGACUCCGCCGCCGCCGCCGUCCCUGGAGCCCCUGGAGCCCGUGGAGCCGUGGAAGCCGCCGCCGGCCCCGGAUCGCAGAGUCCCACCCGCCCCGGCCAGCGCGGUCGAGGGGGAGAGCCCCGCCGGGCCGGCCGCCGUCGACACCCUGGGGCCGCUGUCCCACCAGGUGGGCGAGGAGGGCGAGGGCGAGAUGGCCCGGAGCGCGGCCUCCGAGCCGGGCCUGAGCCUGCUGUGCAAAGUCACCUUCAAGCCGGGGCCCCCGCCGCCCCCCGCCGCCGAGCCCGGCGCCUCCGCGGCCGCGGCCAAAGCUUUGCCCGGGGGCGCCGUCUCCGUCUCCUACGCCGAGGCGCUCAAGCAGGGCCCCCAGGGCCCCGGGGCCGCUCGCCCGCAGGGAGAGGCCCCUCGGGGCGCUCAGGACGCGGAGGGCGGCGACGGCGACGGCGAGGGCUGCUCCGGGGCCCCCGCGACGACGCCCGCCGCCCAGGCCCGGGCCCUGCCGCCGCCUCCCUACCCGGCCUUCCCCGGCUCGAAGCCCAAGUUCGAGUGGGCGAGCCCUCCCGAUGGGCCCGAGCGCCACUUUCGCUUCAACGGCGCGGGCCGGGGUGUCGGGGCGCCCCGACGGCGCGCCACGGCGCUCUCGGGGCCCUGGGGCUCCCCGCCGCCGCCGCCCCCGCCGCCGCCGCCGGCCCUCAAGCGCUCCCUGCCGGCCCCGGGCUCCCGGCGGCUCGCCCCGUCCGUGCUGGCGCCGCCCAUGUUCAUCUUCCCCCCGGAGCCCGCCCGUCGGGAGCCGGCGAGCCCCGACACCCCGCGGCGCCCCGACUUGCCGCCGCCGCCGCCCGCGCCCACGCCGCCACCCGCGCGGCCGCUCACGCCCCGGCCGCCCGAGCUCCUGCCCGCGCCGCCGCCGCGGGUGUCGGUGCCGCCCAGCCUGAGCCCGCGCAUCCCGGAGCCCGGCGGCCUCGCUCCGCCCGCGGCCCCCGCGCUGCCGCUCGCCUCGGCCACCGACCAGGCUCCGGCUCCGACUCCGGCCCCGGCUCCUCCGGAACUGGCUGCGGAACCAGCUCCCACCUCGGCGGUUGAGCCUCCGGCGCCCGCGCCCGCGCCCACCAAGACCCGCACGCGUCGGAGCAAGGCCUCCCGCGCAGCCCGGGCCGCGGCCCGAGAGGAAGGUGCGCCCCGGGGACGGACGGCCGAUGACAGCCGCGGCGGGGCUCCGCAGGCGGCGGGGACGGCCAAAGGGGGCUCCGCACGCCACUGGCCGCCCUUCCAGGUGCUCAACUCUUGUCCCUGCAAGUGCUACUGUCGCCACCAGCCGCGUCAUCGCCGCCUACCGCGCAACGUGUCUGCCUGGCUGAGCACACCCACUAACCAUCUGAGCGAGCCGCCCUGGGUGGCCACCAUCAAGCUAGCCGGCUCCCUGGUAGCUGGGCUGGAGCAUUAUGACUUGCAGGCUACCCAUUCCAACUGAGUACAGUGGAGCCCGUGCCCGCCGCCUUCCCUUCUUGACAAUAAAAUAACCAUCCUGC